UCCCAUUGUGAAAUUCAGGAUAGCUAGUCAUGGCUGGAAAUACUGGUAGGGAACAACCAUCUGCAGCCCUUCCACUCGAGAGCCGAGUAGCAAUCGUAACAGGCGCUUCACGUGGGAUUGGUCGUGCCAUUGCCAUCUACCUACACUCCCUUGGUGCAAGAGUGGUGAUCAACUAUGCUUCAAACUCUACACAAGCAGAUCUUUUAGCAUCCGAACUAAAUGCCUCAUCUACUACCUCUUCUCAUCAUCCCCAAGCAGUUGCUGUGAAAGCCGAUGUUUCGGACCCAGAUCAAGUCAAGCUCCUCUUUGAUAAAGCUGAGCAAGAAUUCAGCUCAAAAGUCCAUAUCUUUGUAAACUCUGCUGGAGUGCUAGAUCCAAAGUACCCAUCUUUGUCCAAUACAACAGUAGAAGAUUGGGAUAUGACAUUCAAUGUCAACACUAGAGGAGCAUUCCUUUGUUGCAGAGAAGCAGUCAAUAGAUUGGCGCAGGGAGGUGGGGGAAGAAUCAUUAUGAUCUCAACAUCUGUAGUUGGGGCACUCUUGCCAGGAUAUGCAGCUUAUGCUGCCUCCAAGGCUGCUGUAGAGACCAUGACAAAGAUUGUGGCAAAAGAGUUGAAGGGUACUGGAAUAACUGCUAAUUGUGUUGCUCCUGGGCCUAUAGCAACAGAGCUCUUCUUUGCAGGUAAAACAGAGGAAACAGUCAAUAGGUUGGUGGGUGCUUGUCCUCUAGGCAGACUUGGUGAACCAAAGGAUGUUUCUCAGGUUGUUGGGUUUUUAGCUAGUGAUGCUGGGGAGUGGAUCAAUGGUCAGAUCAUCAGAGUCAAUGGUGGAUUUGUUGUUUAAGUGCUUUGGAUCUUGUGCUUUCUUGUUUUUUGCUUAUGUACAAUGAAUGAUUUUAUAAAUUAAUGAUUAUAUGAAUGCUUUUUUUUUUGUUCUACUUAA